UGUAUUUGCACAGACACAUCUCACCCUGGUCAGCGGCUCCCUAGCUCAGCACAUUCCCACAUUCCCCGUAGCCGUAACCCACUUGUAAAUCUUUGCGGUACCAGAGCCCGUCUUAUUAGACAUUCUCUGGCGGUACCGUCAAAGCUUUAAAUUGCAAUUACAGAAUCUAAAGAACAUACAGUAGCAGGAUGGUUCUGCUUACAAUGAUUGUUCGAGUGGCCGACGGAUUGCCCCUUGCAGCAUCAAUUCAAGAAGAUGAACAGUCGGGUCGGGACCUUCAACAUUAUCAGAGUCAAGCUAAGCAGCUAUGCCGCAAACUCAAUGGUGAAAGUCCCAGCAGAUGCACUUUAGAGGCGGGGGCCAUGAAUUUUCACUUUGCCAUAGAGAAAGGUAUUUGCUACCUGGCCUUGUGCGAGGUUGGUUUCCCCAGAAAACUUGCGUUCGCAUUCUUGGAGGACCUACAAACUGAGUUCAGUGAGCAGUAUGGGAGAAAGGUACCUACAGUUUCACGGCCUUAUUCCUUCAUUGAGUUUGACACAUACAUCCAGAAGGCAAAAAAAUCAUACAUUGACAGCCGAGCACGAAGGAACUUGAGCAGCAUCAACACGGAACUGCAGGAUGUCCAAAGGAUAAUGGUAGCAAAUAUUGAGGAAGUACUUCAGAGAGGAGAGACUUUGUCAGCAUUGGAUUCCAAAGCCAGUAAUUUGUCCAGCCUCUCCAAAAAGUACCGCAGUGAUGCCAAGUACUUGAACACUCGAUCCACAUAUGCCAAGGUGGCAGCUGUUGGUGUGUUUUUGAUCACACUUAUUGUGUAUGUGCGUUUCUGGUGGCUCUGACACCACCAAAUUCAGGAAAUCCUAUUUGUACUGAAAGAACAGUAGGGUGCUGGUUCAUUGGCAGCUCCAGAAAAGCUGUCAUUACUAAUGCUUUGGGCUGGGAUGUCUUCUAGAAUGUGGUUACACCGGUGUUUGGAUAUAAAGCAACUUUUCCUGUCUCUGAACAUGCGCAAAUAGGUGCGAGGCAAUUGUAAUUUCACUUCCAAUUGUUAGUAAGCUUAUUAUUGACUGUUACUUAAUGUGAUGUUAAAAGAUAUUUGACAAAAUGUGGUUAACUAUUGUAGAUGAGUAAAUGGCAAAAUUAAUGUGUUUCAGAAAGGGUAUUCAGGACACAUAAUGAGCAUUCUUUAUUGC